AUGGGUUGCUCUGCAGCAGCGCUUCCUCCUUCACUCUUUACCAACGGGUCUCUCUCCUCUUCUCGAAAUGUCUCCAUGACGGACUUUAACAGUUUGGUAAAGGUUAGCGAUCCUGAUGGUUACAAAUGGCGCCUUGUUAUUGCCUACGAUGGCACCAAAUUUGCUGGUUGGCAAUAUCAGGAGUCACCACCAACGAUCCAAUCAUUGCUAGAGAAAGCCUUAACUCAGAUAACAAAGAUCAGAAGAAAAGAGCUACUUCUUGUUGGAGCUGGUAGGACCGAUGCAGGAGUUCACGCUUGGGGUCAGGUGGCUCAUUUUGUAACUCCUUUCAAUUAUACUAGUUUGGAUAGCAUUCACGCUGCUCUAAACGGUCUUCUUCCUGAAGAUAUCCGUGUCAGAGAGGUUAGUGCGGCGGUUCCUGAGUUCCACGCUCGGUUCUCUUGCCGUAGCAAGGUUUAUCGCUACCAGAUAUACAGCGACACUUUCAUGGACCCGUUCCAGCGUCAUUGGGCUUACCACUGUGCUUAUAAACUGAACGCUGAUAAAAUGAGAGAAGCUGCACAACGAUUUGUUGGAAAGCAUGAUUUCUCUGCAUUUGCAAACGCCACAAGGGAAGAUGGAGCACCUGAUCCUUUGAAAACUAUAUCUCGCUUUGAUGUCACUCAAAUGGGAUCUCUUCUGCAGCUUGAAGUUGAAGGUUCAGGCUUUAUGUACAGACAAGUCAGAAACAUGGUAGCUUUGCUGAUUCAGGUUGGAAAAGAAGCAUUGGAUUCAGACAUUGUCCCAAUGAUUCUGGAAACCAAAGACAGGAGGGAGCUUGCAAAAUAUGCAUUGCCUGCGCCACCUCAUGGUCUUUGUCUUGUCUCUAUCAAGUAUAAGGAAGAUCAUCUACUGCUUCCACAGGAUUGUCCUGUAACUAGUUUUGGUAGACAUCACACUAUAAUAAAAUGUAAACUCCCUUUCUAUUGA